GCACUCCGCAACUUCUGCCGCUGCCGCCCGGGCGCUCUCGGCGCAGCCGAGCUGCUGCUGCGAACUGUGGAGCUGCCAGCGGAGCCCAGCCCGAGCUCCCUCGACUCCGCGCGUCCCAGGCGUCCGUCGGGGGCCGAGGCGCCUCCCGCAGGGAGUCCCCGUGAGGCCGCGCUGCCGCGUUACCCGCAGCGGCCGGGGGUCCGGGGAGUGCGGGGCUCCGAGACAGAGCCAGGCGCCCCCCAGCGGUCGGCGCAGGCCCCAUGGCUGGGCCGAGCGGAGCGGAACCGGUGAGGUGAAGCCCCGGGGCCGGCAGCCGGAGGCGCGUGGCCGGGGCGCCGGCUCCAUGGGCAGCGGCACACGGCGGCGCGAUGAUGGACGUUAACAGCAGCGGCCGCCCGGACCUCUACGGGCACCUCCGCUCUUUCCUUCUGCCAGAAGUGGGGCGCGGGCUGCCCGACUUGAGCCCCGACGGUGGCGCCGACCCGGUCGCGGGCUCCUGGGCGCCGCACCUGCUGAGCGAGGUGACAGCCAGCCCGGCGCCCACCUGGGACGCGCCCCCGGACAAUGCCUCCGGCUGUGGGGAACAGAUCAACUAUGGCAGAGUCGAGAAAGUUGUGAUCGGCUCCAUCCUGACGCUCAUCACGCUGCUGACGAUCGCGGGCAACUGCCUGGUGGUGAUCUCCGUGUGCUUCGUCAAGAAGCUCCGCCAGCCCUCCAACUACCUGAUCGUGUCCCUGGCGCUGGCCGACCUCUCGGUGGCUGUGGCGGUCAUGCCCUUCGUCAGCGUCACCGACCUCAUCGGGGGCAAGUGGAUCUUUGGCCACUUUUUCUGUAAUGUCUUCAUCGCCAUGGACGUCAUGUGCUGCACGGCCUCGAUCAUGACCCUGUGCGUGAUCAGCAUUGACAGGUACCUUGGGAUCACAAGGCCCCUCACAUACCCUGUGAGGCAGAAUGGGAAAUGCAUGGCGAAGAUGAUUCUCUCCGUCUGGCUUCUCUCCGCCUCCAUCACCUUACCUCCACUCUUUGGAUGGGCUCAGAAUGUAAAUGAUGAUAAGGUGUGCUUGAUCAGCCAGGACUUUGGCUAUACGAUUUACUCUACCGCAGUGGCAUUUUAUAUCCCCAUGUCCGUCAUGCUUUUCAUGUACUACCAGAUUUACAAGGCUGCCAGGAAGAGUGCUGCCAAACACAAGUUCCCUGGCUUCCCUCGAGUGGAGCCAGACAGCGUCAUCGCCCUGAAUGGCAUAGUGAAGCUCCAGAAGGAGGUGGAAGAGUGUGCAAACCUUUCGAGACUCCUCAAGCAUGAAAGGAAAAACAUCUCCAUCUUUAAGCGGGAACAGAAAGCAGCCACCACCCUGGGGAUCAUCGUCGGGGCCUUUACCGUGUGCUGGCUGCCAUUUUUCCUCCUCUCGACAGCCAGACCCUUCAUCUGUGGCACUUCCUGCAGCUGCAUCCCGCUGUGGGUGGAGAGGACAUUUCUGUGGCUAGGCUAUGCAAACUCUCUCAUUAACCCUUUUAUAUAUGCCUUCUUCAACCGGGACCUGAGGACCACCUAUCGCAGCCUGCUCCAGUGCCAGUACCGGAAUAUCAACCGGAAGCUCUCGGCUGCAGGCAUGCACGAAGCCCUGAAGCUUGCUGAGAGGCCAGAGAGACCUGAGUUUGUGCUAGAAAGAACUAAAGAACUGACAUCUUUACAACACCAAGUCUUUCUGUCCACAAACAAGACCUCAUGGGCAAUUUCAUAAAGACCCGACUGACUAAUGUGGACUGAUUCUGUUGUGGCCUGGUGCUUUAUGGAGGCUGAGAAGUUACUACGUAGAGGAAAAGAGACAAGCAACGCGGAAGGGGGAAGGAAUGGCCUCUGCUAAAUCCCAGAUCUGAACUGACUGUAAUGGAAACCAAACAAGCAACAGAAGCCUGAACUAAUGAUCUAGUUACACUCUUCCCUUCCUCCCUUUCUCUUGCAACAGAGGGCACCACUCUCCAGGAAAGCUCAUACUGUAUCUAGAAUUUCUGUACAGAUUUCCUCAAGGCACAGUUAGGUUCAUCGAUAUAACUUUAACAUGAGCACUGUGUUGUGUAGUGCUCAGGUAUACUUUCUUCUGUUUGCUGUUACAUUAAUGCUGAAAACACAAUUUUCUAAAGCUGAAAUGGAAUGUGUAUCAUAUGAAAAGAUUCUAUAAUAUUUAAUUGACUGAAGUACAUAAUUAGUAUUACUAUAUUUUAAUAAACAUACAUCUAGGCAUUUGGCCUAAGAAAAUAAUCAGAAAUAGGGUAAAGAUUUAUGUACAAAUCAACUUAUCUUGACAUUAUUUGUGUAAAUCUUAUAAAGCCAUCAUCUGAGAGUAGUGUUGUGAACAGAGAAACACAUAUCAAUAACAACUGAAUACAAUUUUAAAACACUGUAAGUUCAGUAUUAAUUAGGUUCCUUUGGUUACAGGCAACAAAGAAUAAUUGUGGAUAACAUACAAAAAAAAAAGAAUUAUUUGGAAGGAUGUGGGUAGUUCACAGACAUGAAGGAAAAGCUGAAUAGCCCUUAUGAAAGAUAAGUAUGAGGCUGCACUAAGGGUGUAGGUUUUAGGAACACGUAAAGGAUUUUUACAGGGUGCUACCAUCAAGAUGAGCCAACUGCAAAUACUUUCCUUUCUUCUGUCACUGUACUCAAGAUUCAAAUACCUGAGAAAGAUCUUCCAAAUAGCCUUACCAAGGCCCUAUGUCUACCAUUUGGCCAAGGGAACAUAGGUACCUCGAGUUAACAGUUUUAUCAAGACUUCAUAGCAUAGGAAAUGAUAGCAGAGACUAUCUCUGGAACACAAUGAACUACAUUCUUGAUUUCCCUUGCAGCUAGGUGGGGACCAUGUGACUGAGUUCUGGGCAAUGGAAUGGGGGCAAAAGUGAUGUACGCCACCUCUAGCCUGGCCCAUUAAACUCCUGCAGAUCCUC